UGUGUAGAUAUAUAUAUAUAUAUAUAUAUACUACACACACAUCUACACAACGUUUUUUAAUUCAGUAGAGAAUGUUUAAAGCAGAACUCCAGGAAUUAUUUGUAUAAAUUUGUAUUGGCAAUGAACACGUUCCUGCGUUAAAAAUGGCUGUGUGUAUAAGUGGGUGCUGCAGCGACCGUCGGCUGGAACCGAACAGAAUCAGCAAGGGAGAAUGUCACCAGCACACCGAGGAUCACCAAUAUGGGUCCAAACGUUUUCAUGAAUGAUCACAUAGUUACAGC